AUGUAUGUAACUACCAACCGUCUUGCUCCUCGAACCGACUGCCCAUCUGUAAGAACACAUUCUGACUACCAGGACUAUGAACUCACGCUUUUGCCGAUUUUCGAACAGUGCUGCCCAGAAAUAGCUGUCCAGGGAUUAGUUGUGAACUGUCCCGCGGUUGAUGAAGAAAACUAUGUUUUCAAAUCGUAUCCUCCACAAGAAGGAGAUUGCUGUAAACAAUAUGUUGCACUGCUUGCAAAGUUGGGGAACAAGUUUACCAGGUUGGCGAAGUUGGCCAUCACCUGAUGGGGAUAAAUGCAAGAUCAUCAAAUGUGUCAAAAGAAAACCAAGGAUAACAAAACAGGAAUCUAUACAAACAUGCAAGACGGAUUGCGCCAAGGUUGGGAAUACAUGGAGUCAACCAGGCUGCUGCGGAGAAUGUGUCCAGGUUGCAUGCAUCGCAAACGGCAGAUCAAAAAACCGGGCGAAGUAGGGAAGUCCGAAGAUAAAUGUACAACUUACACAUGCGAAA